AUGGCUGGUGGAGAGGUGUCAAUAAAAUACACUCAAUUGUUCAUAAAUAAUGAGUUUGUGGAUUCGGAGAGUGGAAAGAAAUUCACGAGCAUCAACCCGGCGGAUGAGACAGUGGUCGCGGAAGUCGCGGAAGCACGAAUGGCGGAUGUCGACAAAGCGGUAGCAGCGGCGAAGAAAGCGUUCGCUCGCGGAUCUGCAUGGCGGAGCCUUCAACCCGCGCAAAGAUCCGCGCUUCUAAACAAACUCGCGGAUUUGGUGGAGCGUCAUGUCCAGGAAAUCGCGAGUAUCAUGACGCUGGAGAACGGAAAGCCUUUUGCUCAUGCAAUGGGUGAAACUCAAAUCGCUGCGGACACUUUCCGGUACUACGCAGGGUGGAGCGACAAGAUCCAAGGCCAAACAAUUCCAACAGACGAUGGAACCUUGGUGAUGACCAGGAAGGAGCCAGUGGGAGUCGUGGGGCAAAUUACUUCCUGGAAUUUUCCGGUUUUGCUUUAUGCAAUUAAAUUGGGACCCGCUUUGGCUGCUGGAUGUCCAGUGGUUCUUAAACCAGCAGAACAGACUCCGCUGUGUAAUUUGUACCUCGCUGCGCUGACUAAAGAAGCUGGGUUUCCUCCAGGAGUUGUCAAUGUUAUUCCUGGGUUCGGUCCCACCGCGGGAGCCGCUCUGGCUGAACAUCCUGAUGUCGCUAAAAUUUCUUUCACUGGAUCUGUUGAGGUUGGGAAAUUGAUAAUGAAGGCUUCGGGAAAUAGUAAUUUGGCGGCGAGCGCUAAAAUUGAAAUUAAAUACACUCAAUUGUUUAUAAACAACGAAUUUAUUGACUCAGAAAGUGGGAAGAAAUUCCCGGUGAUAAAUCCUGCUACUGAAGAAGAAAUAGCGCAAGUUUCCGAAGGACUCGAGCUCGCUGAUUUAAUGGAACGUGACGCGCAGCAGAUAGGUCACAUCCAGACUCUGGAAAACGGGAAACCUUUCGCGCAUUCCGCUGGUGAAACUCACAUGGCCGCGGGAGUUCUCCGCUAUUAUGCAGGAUGGUGCGACAAGAUCCACGGCCAGACAAUCCCAACAGACGAUGGAAGCUUGGUGAUGACCAGGAAGGAGCCAAUGGGAGUCGCGGGGCAAAUUACUCCCUGGAAUUAUCCAGUAAUGCUUUUUGCAUUAAAACUAGGGCCCGCUUUGGCUACAGGCUGCACUUUGGUUCUUAAACCAGCGGAACAAACUCCGCUGUGUAAUUUGUACGUCGCUGCGCUGACUAAAGAAGCUGGGUUUCCUCCAGGAGUUGUCAAUGUUGUUCCUGGGUUUGGGCCCACCGCGGGAGCCGCUCUUGCUGAACAUCCUGAUGUCGCAAAAGUUGCCUUCACUGGAUCUGUUGCGGUUGGAAAGUCAAUUAUGAAAGCUUCAGGUAGCAGCAAUUUAAAGCGAGUGACUUUAGAACUCGGUGGAAAAAGUCCUUUGAUUAUCUUUGAUGACGUAGACGUUGACGAAGCAGUAAAAUUAGCUCACGACGCAAUUUUCAACUUUUCCGGUCAAAUUUGCAUCGCUGCGGCUAGAACUUAUGUUCAUUCCAAAAUUUACGACGAGUUUGUCGAAAAAUCUAAAGAAUUGGCGGUAAAGCGCAUUCUUGGCGACCCGUUUGACCCCAAAACCGAGCAAGGGCCUCAAGUUGAGAAGGAUAUGUUUGAAAAAGUUAUGGGAUAUAUCAAAACUGGGGACGUUGAAGGCGCGACUUUAGUUGCUGGAGGAAAACGUCAUGGAAAUUGCGGAUAUUUUAUUCAACCGACAAUUUUUGCGAAUGUGACUGAUGAAAUGACAAUCGCAAAAGAAGAAAUCUUUGGGCCCGUCCAAGCGAUUCUCAAGUUCGACAAAAUGGAGGAAGUGAUAGAGCGCGCGAAUAAAACAACUUACGGACUGGGAGCAGGUGUUUUAACCAAAGACAUCAACAAAGCACUCAAAUUUGCCCAAGAAAUAGAAUCAGGAACUGUCUGGGUUAAUCAAUAUGCUUCUUUGAUGCCGCAAACUCCUUUUGGAGGCUUUAAACAUGGCGCAGAGUCCUUGGAUUACUAUUUGGAGACUAAGACUAUUUCAAUUAAACUCGCAUCUUACACUAAAUUGUUUAUAAAUAAUGAAUUUGUGGAUUCGGUGAAUGGGAGGAGAUUUGCGAGUAUCAACCCGGUCGAUGAGACGGUGGUCGCGAAAGUCACGGAAGGAGACAAGGCGGAUGUCGACAAAGCGGUAGCAGCGGCGAAGAAAGCGUUCGCUCGCGGAUCUGAAUGGCGGGGCCUUCAACCCGCGCAAAGAUCCACGCUUCUGAACAAGCUUGCGGAUUUGGUGGAGCGUCAUGUCCAGGAAAUCGCGAGUAUCAUGACGCUGGAGAACGGAAAGCCUUUUGCUCAUGCAGUGGGUGAAACUCAAAUGGCUGCGGACACUUUCCGGUACUACGCAGGGUGGUGCGACAAGAUCCAAGGCCAAACAAUUCCAAUAGACGAUGGAACCUUGGUGAUGACCAGGAAGGAGCCAGUGGGAGUCGUGGGGCAAAUUACUUCCUGGAAUUUUCCAGUUUUGCUUUAUGCAAUUAAAUUGGGACCCGCUUUGGCUGCUGGAUGUCCAGUGGUUCUUAAACCAGCAGAACAGACUCCGCUGUGUAAUUUGUACCUCGCUGCGCUGACUAAAGAAGCUGGGUUUCCUCCAGGAGUUGUCAAUGUUAUUCCUGGGUUCGGUCCCACCGCAGGAGCCGCUCUGGCUGAACAUCCUGAUGUCGCUAAAAUUUCUUUCACUGGAUCUGUUGAGGUUGGGAAAUUGAUAAUGAAGGCUUCGGGAAAUAGUAAUUUGAAGCGCGUGACUUUGGAACUUGGCGGGAAGAGUCCUUUGGUUAUUUUUGAUGAUGUUAAUGUGGAUGAAGCGGUAAAAAUAGCUCACGAAGCAAUUUUCGCCAACUCCGUUCAAGUUUGUAUCGCAGCAUCCCGAACUUACGUUCACUCAAAAAUCUACGAUGAAUUUGUCGAAAAAUCUAAGGACUUGGCAUUGAAAAGAAAAGUAGGGAAUCCCUUUGUUCCGGCUACAGAGCAAGGACCUCAAGUAGAAAAAGAAAUAUUUGACCGGGCGCUCAAGUUUAUUGAAAUAGGAAAAAAAGAAGGCGCGAAAUUGGUCACUGGCGGCGAGCGCCCAACAGUUUUUGUGAAUGUAACUGAUAACAUGACGAUCGCCAAAGACGAAAUCUUCGGACCAGUUCAGUCGAUUCUCAAAUUUGACACCUUGGAAGAAGUUAUUGAGCGGGCAAACCAAACUACUUACGGUCUUGCUGCCGGUGUUUUGACCAAUGACAUCACCAAGGCUAUCAAAUUCGCUCAAGCCAUUGAAUCUGGAAGCGUCUGGGUUAAUCAUUACGCUGAUACUACUCUUCAAGCUCCUUUUGGAGGAUAUAAACAAUCUGGAAUUGGCCGUGAAUCUGGCCCAGAGGCUUUGGAUAAUUAUUUGGAAACAAAAACUAUUUCUAUUAAGCUUGCAAGUAGCUCUGUUGGAGAUAUCCAAGCAAGCGCUGCUACUUUGAGAUACUACGCUGGCUGGUGUGAUAAAAUUCAUGGCAAUACUAUUCCAUCUGACGGUGGAAAGUUUACAGUCACCCGAAAAGAACCAAUUGGAGUAGUCGGCCAAAUAAUCCCAUGGAACUACCCAAUUUUAAUGUUAGCUUGGAAAUGGGGACCUGCAUUAGCAGCAGGUUGUACAAUUGUCUUGAAACCCGCGGAGCAAACUCCAUUAACAGCUCUCUACAUUGGAUCUCUGGUGAAAGAAGCUGGAUUCCCUGCCGGGGUGAUCAAUAUCAUCCCCGGGUAUGGCCCGACUGCCGGAGCAGCCAUCUCCGAGCACUUGGACAUCCGCAAGGUGGCCUUCACCGGCUCUACGGAAGUAGGCCACAUAAUAAUGGCCGCGGCUGCUAAGAGCAAUUUGAAGCAUGUCAGCUUAGAGCUGGGUGGAAAGAGUCCCGUGGUUAUCUUCGACGACGUAGACAUUCGCCAGGCAGCACAAAUUGCCUACAACGCCUUGUUUGAUAAUCACGGACAAUCUUGCUGUGCUGGUUCCAGGACUUUUGUCCACUCCAAGAUCUAUGAUCAGUUUGUUAAGGUGGCCAAAGAGCUGGCCAUGACGAGGAAGGUUGGAGACCCUUUCAAUCCCCAGACCGUCCAGGGGCCGCAAAUUGACCAGGAAAUGUUUGACAAAGUCUUGGGGUUGAUCAAGAGUGGCAAAGAUGAAGGCGCUGUUUGCGAAUGUGGAGGCGAGCGCGAGGGUAAUGUUGGGUUCUUCAUCAAGCCUACUGUUUUUUCUAAUGUUAAAGAUGGGAUGAGAAUUGCCAAAGAAGAAAUUUUUGGACCUGUUCAGUCGAUUCUUAAGAUUAAUUGUUACGAUGCUAUCACACCACAAACUCCGUUUGGUGGGUACAAAAAAUCAGGAAUCGGUCGUGAGCUGGGUGAAGAUGGAUUAGAAGGAUACCUGGAGACCAAAACAAUUUCCAUCCGUGUUCCAGAAAUUUAA